AUGAACGAAAACACACCAUUGAUAACAGCUGCAAGCAAGAGAAAAACGCCGUCUUCAUGGUAUGCCAUCUUCCCCAUGUUUUUAGUGGCAUUUUCUGGAGGCGCUUUGAUUGCUCCCCAUGUGCAAUUUUACACAGAGAUUUUCUGUAGCAUAUAUUACAAAACACACAACGAUUUUGACAAUAGUCUGAUACCCUUCAAAGAUUGUGCUAUUCCACCUGUGCAAAAGAUGGUGUCAAAGGCUCAAGCAGCCAUCAUGUUUCUCACAUAUGCAUCCACGUUGCUGGGCGCUGGAUUCUAUGGACGACUUUCUGACCGCAAAGGCCGUUCGCUUAUCGUGCGGAUAUCAACAAUAGGAAGUCUGCUAUACGUCUCUUGCGAUUUACUGACAGCUAAAUACUAUGAUACCAUUGGCAUUGCUUUAUUGUUUGUAGGGCCAUUGAUCAGAGGCAUCAUGGCUGGUGAAGGGGUCUUGAUGGCUGCUGUUCAGGCGUACAUCGCCGAUUGCACAUCGGCCGAUUCAAGAACCGUCAUAUUUGCACGAUUGAUGGCGAGUUUGUUCAUUGGCUCUGCUAUUGGGCCCUUUGUCAGUAGCCAGAUCCUCAAGCACACUGGCAACCUUGUCAAUGUAUUUUACGUUGCCUUCAUAGUGGAUAUUAUCAACGUGCUAUACACUGUGUUGAUACUGCCAGAAUCCAACCAAUGUAUAAACCAACAUGCAUCACAGCAAGGAAAUGAUACCAACAAGCGAACAAUGGGGCUAUGCAGCCAUAUCAACAUUUUCUCAGCACUCAACAUUCUGUUGAAAGAUCGCCCUAUUCACUUGACACGAUAUGCUCUACCCUGCAUCGCACUGGCCGAUUUUCUACUCGCACUGGUCAAAAGGCCACCUACACUGCUCUAUGCCAUGCUCAAGUUUAAAUGGACAGCUUACGAGGGCAGCUUAUACUACACCUGCACAUCUCUUAUGAAGCUCAUGAUGAUGAUUGGGAUUUUGCCCUUACUAUCCAAACUGUUCAAAAAGAAAUGCCCCAAGGCACAAAUCCCAACAGCUGCAGAUCAAGAAAAGAUAGUGAAUAGCUCAACCUUGUUCGACAUUUGGAUGGUGAGGAUGGGCAUUGGUAUGGAUGCUGUUUGUUUGGCGUUGGCAGGAUUGGCUUCCAAUGUGGUGCUGUUUACGACUGCAGGCAUGUUGCAGAGUGUCUCCAUGUUGGCACAGCCGUCUAUUCGUGGUUUGUUAACAACCUGUGUCAAGCCGAAUCAAGUGGGUGAGCUGUUGGGUGCCGUAGCCAUCCUUGAUUCCAUUGCAAUGAUGAUUGCUCAUUUGGGCAUAAAUUUCAUAUACUACUCCUCUGUCUUGACCAUGCCGAAUCUUACGUUCUUUGUAUGCUCCUUUAUUGCCAGCUGCUCAUGCUUAGCGGCUUUCAUGGUGCGACAAAAGAUGACUAGAAUAGAGGAUACCUUAGAAGAUGGCAACCUGAUUGAGACUGACAGAGACAACCCAGAGUCGUCAUCAACUCUGGCUUGUCCGGCCACCCAGUAUGUGGUCAAGACUCGCAGAUGA